CCUAAACCCACUGUCAACCCUUCCGUCCGAGAUCAACCACAACAUAUUCUUAAGGCUGGAAGGCAGGCAUCUGGUUACAGCCCAGUCUGUCAGCAAAGAGUGGUAUUCCUUCAUGCAACACAUUAAAGCCUUCCACAUUGGGCAGUCCCGACUUCUCAUCCUCUCACGUGGAAAAGAUAUCUAUGAAACAGGAAGUUUUGGGCAUCCCCGACUUCUCAUCCACUCGUGUGGAAAAGAUAUCGAUGAAGCAAAAAGUCUGAAAGUCAGAUCAAUAAGCCUUGAUCUGUGCACUCCAAGCACAACCCAGUUCUCCAAUGAGCCUCAGGUCAGCGCCAUAACAGCUCUCAGUUUUGGUAACAUCCUUGACGUGGAUCAUGAUUUGUCUUCUUGUAAUGGGUUAGUGCUUCUUACGUUUGGAAAACACAUUAUCUUGUGGAACCCACUUAUGAGACGGUCGACCAAAGUUCUUGAGCUUCGAGGGCUCGAUAUGUUUACAUGGACGGAGCUUGGAGGGCUUUGCUACGACCCAUUCUCUAAUGAUUACAAGGUUGUCUUACUGCUUUCCCAUGAGCCUAUCCACAUUAUUGGUGGAGAUCAGUAUGUUAUUGUUUCGGGCCUGAAAAACAAAGGGUGGCGAAAACUGCCCUUCCCAUAUAAAUACGAUACUACGAGAGUAGGUGUCAACUUCAACAAUACUCUCCAUUGGAUAGUAAGAGACAGAAUUACGAGUCCUUCUUUUAGACCAGUCCAUGUUGAUAUGGUGCUUUAUUUCGAUGUGGUCGAUAAUGCUUUCAAACAAUUGCCCACCCCUACACAGACUAACCUAGAAGAGGAAAACUCCAUAGCUGGUACAGGAAUCAUAGAGGGAUGUUUCUGCAUUGGCCAAAGGAAUCAAGAGAGGAAAGCCAUCCAAGUGUCAGUUAUGAAAGAGUAUGGGAACCCAGAGUCUUGGGUCACAAUCUUUGCCAUCCCCAUUUUGGAAUUUAGGCUGCAAUUUAGUUUCUACAACCUCAACUUUUUUUCCCUAGAUAAAAGCAAGACCUUAACCAUUAUGUGCAACGGGUGCAGGACAGUAUAUGUUUAUGAUGUGGAAGAAGACAAAGUAGAAGAGUGGUUCCCUAUACCAGAAGAUAAUUAUGGUGGGGGCAUGGUUCGAAUGUGUUUCUAUGCUCAAAGUUUUGAAUUGCCAUAUGGAGUAAGCUGGGGGGAUGGUGAUCGGGAAAAGUGCAGGAUUUUUUUAUAACAAGUUUUGGAAUAUUUAAUUUGGACCUUGUAUGAUUAAAAGAAUACAUUAGUUGUUGAUUCCAGCGAUAAGCAUUUGAAUAUCAAGAACUGUUACAUAUUAAUUUCAAGAACCUGCUAGCAUUUAUAUUCAAUUGAUGUGAUUAUACUUUGGAAUAUAUCCUAUUUUCCCACAGAAUAGGUUAUAUAGAAUAUGUCAAAUAUCUUUUGACAAUAGUAUAUAGUGAAUAUAUCUUACUGACUUUCAAGUUUAAGCUACAUUGUUCGAACUUCAGAGCAAGUCAAAACUCA